AUAAGGUUUUUGUUCAAGGCCUCUCUCCCUCCAUCUUCCAGCAGUUAAUUUUGCAGAAGAAUAACAAUGGCGAGUUUGAACCUUGUAGGAGCUUUCAAAGGACUCUCUCUAAGCUCUACCUCUUCCUUCUUGAGAGGAGAUUUGGGUUCCAUUACUGGUAGUUCCAAGUUAUGUGUUUCAUUUCCACUCAAAUCGUUGCCACUCACGAUUGAGUCUGCGCACAAGAAAGGAGCUGGAAGCACAAAGAACGGUCGGGAUUCCAGAGGGCAAAGGCUUGGCGUCAAGAUUUACGGCGAUCAGGUCGCGAAGCCCGGCGCAAUCAUCGUCCGGCAGCGAGGUACCAAGUUCCACCCAGGGAAGAAUGUGGGGCUGGGCAAGGACCACACCAUCUUUUCCUUGAUUGAUGGAUUAGUCAAAUUUGAGAAGUUUGGGCCUGAUAGGAAAAAGAUAAGCGUUUACCCACGUGUUUUACAGCCUGAAAACCCCAACAGUUGCAGAGCAAAGAAGAGAGAAUACUUCAGAAUGCAGCGUGAACGCAAGAAAGCCAGAAAAGAAGGCAUUGUCCCUCAACCCCAGCUUGUACUGGCAUCAGCAAAUGAAGCUACUGAUGGAAAUCCAAUUUGUUGAUUCCUUUUAUCGUAGGAAUCUUCAUUAAAAGUGCAAGUGAUGUUGAAGCCAGGUUUGCUGUGCAAGUUUUCCUUUUAUAUUUUUUGUGCAUUAUCUUUUAAAAAAUCUUAAUGUGAAUUUUGAGCUUUACUACUGUAAAAAUUGCCUACUGAAGGCCUUUCAAUAGUUGGCUUGAGUUUAUGGGAAUCAA